AUGACGACGACUGCUGGAGUAGUGGAGCGGAUAAAUGCCUUUCCGAUGGGAAGAAACGUUGAGAGGAGGGAACAUACAUGGAUAGGGCAGAAGUGGAUCGUGAAGUGGAAGUAUUCGUGCAUAUCAUCAUGGGAGUGCCUGGUAGAAAUCACUGAUCUUCCUCUGCUGGUAAGACCAAAUAGUUCAGGGGAAAACAGCCCAUUUACUUUCAACAUCGAGGAUAGAUUGACAAUGCAUCUCCUUGAAGACCCGUGGAAGAAAUCUAUGCUGGAGCAGGACACAACAUGUCUGGUGAGGAGGGGAGAAGAGAUAAGUUGUGUGUGGCAAGAAGAAGGCAAAGGAGGAGGGACACCAUUCUUAGUGGACCCAAAAACAUAUAAAUCUUAUUAUCGGAAUAUAGUGUUAGAGGUCCUCAACAUAGAAGCCAUAGAUGAGUGGGGCAAACAGAAGGGUUUUUGGCCUGGGAACAACUCAACACUCUCCCCUAUAUUGCAGGAUUUUGACAAAUUAGAAAAGGCAGUCAGUGUCGAAGAUCUCAAAGAAGUCAUCAUCGAAAUGUCAUAUAGACAGUUAGAGAUUGAGACAAACCUUUAUAUAGAAAGAAACAAUAGAAGGCGCAUUGAGGACAUGUGUAUAACAUUAGUAAAGUCCGUCUCAAAGCUGGAUGACGAGCUAAUCCCCAUUCUUUUAGACAUUCCUGCUAAGUCGGAAUGGAUAAACGAGGAAACUUUCAAACUGCAUCUCUGCAUCAACAGAUCCUUUAGCCCAUACACCAACUGCGACUCAGGAACCACAUUCAGGAAAGGCAGGAGAGGGAUAUCAAGGGAUGAUGAUUUCUGCUUCUCGAUAAAUUCGGCAGAGAGGAUAGGGGUAGAUCUAUUCAAUGACAGCGACAUCAGGUUCGAUUCUCUAAACAGAAACGAUCCAUUCACCACAGCAGCGGAAUGGGAUGGGUGGUCUUCAAUCAGUGAUUUUGGCAAAGACAUAAUGCGGGUUGAGGCAACAGACAUAACUCCCGACAAAGAAUCAAAACAAGCCCCAAUAGGUUCUUUAAUUCCUUCAUGUGGCUUGACCUUGCAUGACCUUCUUGCUGAGCUAGAAGAUGAUAUACACCAGACCCCGCAUCACACUAACUCAACAAACGAAACUGAUAUUAUCAUUUUUCCACCUCAAAAUGCGAAUGAUGAUUUCACGGAUGAAUAUUCAGGUGACGAACAAGACGUGCUAAUCAGUACCUUACCAGCAUCACAAUUAUUGACCGAUGCGGAAAUUUACAAUCAGGAUGAAGAAAAUGUGGGCAUAGACAGUCAAGGAGACCCAGAGGAAAUGGAAGAACGACAAAGUCAGGAGGAUAUGUGGGAUGAGAGUCGUACAAUGCAAUUGCAGAAGAGCAAAACUCUCCACUUGACUCACAAGAAAUACAGGAAUCACAAAAUUGGGAUCAGGAAGAUGAUCCUCAGAGUCAUGGCCAUGAAUCAGAAAGAGAAACUACCAGUGUUCGUUCUUCAUGCAAAACGACUGCAUCUAUGUCUGAAAGAAAUGAAAACGAUGAGGCAGUUACAGAGAACAUUGAACUUGGACAGAAAUGCUAUGAUUAUCUGGCUGCACAAAUGUUUGUUCGAUAACAUUGAAAAAGAAACCCGAAAGGUAUGGCAUGAGGAAAGGAAGGUGAGAUUGACCGCUUCCAAUUUUGGCCAAAUAUGCCGAGCGACAAGUGAAAAAUCGAAAGGGAAGAUUGUCAAACGCUUACUCUUCGACAAACCCUUCAUCAACAAGGCAAUGCAGCAUGGAAUCAGAUAUGAAAAGGAAGCCAUUUCAGAUUACGAGGAAAUCACGAAGAGUAAGGAAACAGCAUGCGGUAUAUUUAUGGAUAAAGAAUAUCCUAUACUUGCCUGUUCACCAGGCGGAUUGGUUGACAGAAAUGGUAUAAUUGAAGUGAAAUGUCCUUCUUCAAUUAGAUAUAAACAUCCACAAAAAGCAAUAACCAGCAGAAGAUCAAAAAACUUCAAUACAGAGUUUGAAAUCAAUAAAAAACAUUAUUACUACUAUCAAAUACAAGAUUGGUUGAACAUAACAGAGAGAGAGUGUUGUGAUCUGGAAAUGGGCAGGGAUAUUAGUAUGGAUGAAUUAGUUGAUCACUUGCCAUUCACCCUUCAGAACAUGACAAAAGCUGAACUUAUUGAAAAUCUCUAUUUGGGCGAUGAUGAUGGGAAUAUUGAUGUUGAAAGUAUUCCAUCUGAUGAUGAAUCUUUAGUUGGUGAUAAUAUGAGCGAUGAUAACCGACACUGA